AAAUAAGUAAAUAAACAAAUAAGCAAAUAAAUAAAUAAAACAAAUGAGUAAAUAAAUAAAUGAAAAAAAAAAAAUACACAAUUUAUCACACGAAGGGAAAAGUUACCCACCGGUGAGCCCUGCAUGCACUGUGUAGAACAGCCCUGCGCUGGAAGUCCAUUUUGCUACUUUUUUUUCAAGCCUGCCCUCCCCAGGAGUUUGGCUCCCUCCCCCCCGAAUGUACCUCCACCAGCUGGCGCACCAUCUUUACGCGAAAGGGGGAAGUGGAAACACGGGAGAAAAUCGGGACAUCAUCACCCCUGCGAGUGUGCCUUCUACAUAGCUGCAGCUGAUCUGUUGAAGGGGUUAAACGGCGUGCCUUCCGCAGGCGGGGAAAAGAACUUCUCCGCAUUUCAAGCGUCACUUCGCACAACUCGCAGGGGAAACCACAUUUUCGCUAGACAGCCGGAUGAUGAUGCACGUGAGAAGAGUGGUCCAGUUGGCGACCCUACUGCUGUACAUCGCCUCUGUCAGCGCGAUGCUGAGGAGUGCCUUGAAGGGGGGCGGACAACCCAAGUGGGAAAUCGAAAGGAGAGGGAACUCCCGGGAAAUGCAGUUCAUUACCAGCAAAGCAAUAAAGGGGGUAGCUCAUAAGAGGAAAAUCUCACAACAUUCAUCCCCUGCAGAACACAUGGUGAGUGAGCAAAGUGGGCAAGCGGAAGGGAUAAAUGGAAAGGGAGAACCCCUUGGAGACAUCUGCUUCAUCGCGGGAGUGGGAGACACCAAUGGAUACGGGUGGGGAAUCGCAAAAGAAUUGAGCAAAAAAAAUGUAAAAAUAAUUCUAGGCGUAUGGCCACCAGUGUAUAACAUUUUCAUGAAGAACCUCCAAAGUGGCAAAUUUGAUAGCGACAUGAUAAUUGGAGAAGGUAAAAAAAUGGAGCUUCUAGACAUCCUCCCCUUCGACGCCGCGUUUGAUUCUGCCAGCGAUGUAGACGAGGAAACGAGGAAGAACAAAAGAUACGCCAGCUUAGAUAGCUAUUCCAUUGAGGAGGUUGCCAAUUUGGUAUAUAAAAAAUAUGGAAAGAUAAACAUGCUAGUUCAUUCACUGGCUAAUGGGAGAGAAGUGGAGAGGAGUCUACUUGAGACCAGUCGAGGUGGCUAUCUGGACGCCCUCAGCAAAAGCUCCUAUUCUCUCAUAGCCCUAUGCAAACAUUUCUGCAAAAUUAUGCACCCCCAAUCGAGUGUAAUAUCCUUGAGUUACUACGCUAGUCAGAAGGUGGUGCCUGGGUAUGGGGGAGGCAUGUCAAGUGCUAAGGCAGCCUUGGAGUCCGACACGAGAACUUUAGCCUACCACCUGGGGAGAAAACACAAAAUUAGGGUUAAUACCAUCAGCGCGGGGCCACUCAAAUCCAGGGCUGCAACUGCCAUCAAGAAAGCCACUCCCCAAUCCGGGGGAAACGAAGGGGAAAAGAAAAACUUGGCGUUUAUAGAUUACGCCAUUGAUUACUCAGAAAAAUAUGCGCCUCUUCAGCAGAAGCUUUAUUCCACGGACGUCGGGGCCGUGGCCGCCUUUUUGCUGUCCAAGGAGAGUAGGGCGGUCACUGGCCAGACCAUCUACGUGGACAACGGGCUCAACAUCAUGUUCGGCCCCGAUGACUUGUUUCAGGGAGGGGCGGCCUAG